CUGAGGUGAGAGGUGAACCAUCGAGGAUAUUAGGAUGGCUCAUCCGGCAGAACCGAGACGAAUUGAUGAGGUCCCUCUCCGGUGAUGCUUUAGUAAGACUCCGAAAGUCCAAUAUUAUCCCAAAAGUGGAUGAUUUCACAGCACCAAUAUUGGACGAGGACAGGAUACUUCUCAUGCUUGUGCAACUUCAGAACACGAUCAAUUCAAGAAAUUUCAACAGUUUCUUGGAUGUUCUAUCUGACACAGGGCAAGGUGAUGUUGCUGGAAGACUUCGUGAACAACGGAGAGACAUGGAAGAGCGGAUGCGCAAAUUCUACAAGGAGUUUAAACCAAAGCAGUUGCCAAAUUUAGAAAGGGUUAGGGCCAUGGUGAUGCCGCUGCUAAAUGGUGAAAGGGACUGGUCAGAAGUCGGACAAAAUUUGGGUAUCGAUGGUGACAUUUUGGGAAGGAUGGACCAGAGGAGCGUUGGACCACUCAUGAUGGUAUUAACUCUUGCGGAAGAUUUCUUCAACUCUACAUCUGAAAACUGUGCUUCCACCCUCAGUGAACUACGUGUCACAUGGUUCCAGCAAAUAGCACAGGUCGAGAAAGAGACACUCAUCAAAAUCAUCAGUGGACAGCCAUGAUACCUACUCACGCCAUCAUUAUGCUUUGCGUGGAUCAUACGACAGAUCAUUUGGAUUUUAAAGUAUCCUAUGUUUUAGGACUCACGUUAUUGCAAAACUUCAGGGAUCGGUGGAACACACUAACAAACAUUUCAUGGUGACGAUUUUGAUAUUGGUUAAAGAUAAACGGCGCUAAUGAGAUCAGGAAACUAGCAACUGUAAGAUCAAUUUAGCAUAUGUAAAUACAAACUAAAAUGUGAAGUUAAAAAUUUGAGAGAGAUGGCUUCAGAAUAUUUUAAGACCAUCUAGAUCCAUGUUCCAUGUCGCAAAUUUCAAGCGAUGAACAGAAAAAAGUAUGAGCCAAGUCCACUCAAGAAGCUUGCAGGGCACACUUAUAUAUUUUAUGGAAUUAUUGUCAUGCUUAUUGGGUGAUCAAUGGAUGAUCAGCCGCAAGAAUUUGAAACGGCAGAAUUAUAU